CGUUCCCCGUCUCCUAACGUCACUUUCUCCAUCGCAUCGUCCACCUCCGCCCCCACCAUGCUCAACAGGACCCAGUGGAUCCUCUUCGUCGCCUGCGCCAUCGCCCUCUGGCUCAUUCUGGGCUCGAUAGUGCGCGAAGAGAAACCGCCAAGGCAGGCGUUCCGACAACGUCUGGUCGCCGUUGGCGACCUGCACGGUGACAUAAGGAACACCAAGGCAGUUCUGCGCAUGGCCAAGCUCAUCGACGAGCAUGACAAGUGGGUCGGCGGCACCGACAUUCUUGUGCAGACGGGCGACAACAUCGACCGUGGGACGUAUGCGCUUGACAUCUACCGCCUCAUGGCGCAGCUGCGCGACCCUAUCCGCGACGCCGGUGGCCAGCUGUACACGAUUCUCGGCAACCACGAGUACAUGGACGCCAUCGGCGACUGGCGCUACGUCUCCAAGGCUGACAUCGCGCACUGGGGCGGCCCAAAGCAGCGUCUCCACGACCUCUCGCUCGACGGAUGGCUCGGCCAGGAGUGGUUGGCAAACUACACCACCACACAGCGCGUCCAUCUUGCGCCAUUCAAAGGCGCCCCUUCCCUCUCCUUCACACACGGCUCCCUCCGUCCCUCGUACCCCCACCUCCUUCCCUACCCGGACCGCAUCAACGAGCUCGGCGCCUCGCUUCUCAAGCGCGGUCUCACGCCUCCCAUGGCCCCGCCUCACCCGCCCAACCCUUACCGAGGGCUGCCGGAGGGCACCACGCCCGCUGAGGCGUCCGUCUACGACGGCGAAGGACCGUUGUGGUGGCGCGGUCUUGCGGACGUGCCCGACGAGAAGACUGUGUGCGCGUGGGCGGCCGAGCUCCAGGAGAAGCUCGGGGUACGCCGUAUCAUCGGCGGGCACACCCCCGACUUUGAGCGCAUCGUGGACCGCUGCGGCGGAGAUGUCAUCAUCAUUGACACAGGCAUCUCAUACGCGUACGGCGGCGUCCUGAGUGCCCUUGAGAUCAUCUACACCCUCACACCAGUCGACGGGGUAGGGGAGUUGUCGGCAGACGGCGCACACAUAUUCCGGGAAGGAGAUCGCUACGUCGAGCGCGAGGAGGUGUACGCUGUGUACCAGCGUGGAAAGAAGAAGAUUGCUGUCGUCGAGCAACAAAUCACCAUCUAGGGGAUACAUGCAAUCUAGAUAUCGUU